AUGUUGACGAUUAAGAAGGUUCCGACAGUGGUCUCUCUGAACCAGGAGGAGGACCAGCCCGCGGGUUGCGGUCGCCGCUGUCUGAAUACCUGCUGCACUAUUGGUGCCCGCAUGCCUCUGUACGCUUACGCGAAGCGUCCCUGCACCAAGCCGGAGCGCAUUCAGUCCUUUACGGAGCUGGACGGAGUUUCAGGCUUUCAGCCCGGGUUUCUCGGGAACACCACGAGCUUCGCGUCGUACGACGACCUGCUGUCGAUCCGCGAGUCGCUGUCGUCGUCCGACGAGGACUCGCUGUCGUCAGGCGGCGCGAGCGACAUCCACGACGACGACGCCUUCUCGCUGCGCAAGCACAUCACCUCCGAGUGGGAGAAGAAGUUUCAGGAGGGGCUGUUCCGCUAUGACGUGACAGCUUGCGAGUCAAAGGUUAUCAAAGGUCGCCUGGGCUUCAUCACGCAGCUGAACGAGGGGCGGCACUCCAAGAAGCGUCCCCCAGAGUUUCGCGUGGACAAGGUGAUCGAAGGUCGCCUGGGCUUCAUUGCGCAGCUGAACGAGGGGAGGCACUCCAAGAAGCGUCCCACAGAGUUCCGCGUGGACAAGGUGCUGCAGGCAUUUGACGCUGGCAAGUUCAAUUUCACCAAGGUUGGGCAGAACGAGAUGCUCUUCCGCUUUGAGGAAGGCAAGGACGAGGAGAGCCGCUUCUAUGAGGCAGCUGUUGUGGAGGAGAGCCCCAGCCUCAUGGUCAUCAAUGUUUCUCCCAUUGACUAUGGCCACGUGCUGCUGGUUCCGCGUGUGCUCGACAAGAUCUCGCAGCGCAUGGACGAAUCCAGCCUCCUCAUGGCUCUCCGCCUUGCCUCGGAAGUCAACGACCCUGCCUUCAGGAUUGGGUACAACAGCCUCGGCGCCUUUGCAACAAUCAACCACCUGCACUUCCAGGCCUACUUUCUCGACCUACCCUUUGCUAUCGAGCGCGCAUCUUUGAAGGAGAUCGCGGUCUCGACGAAUGAGGUUAAGGUUGGGGAGCUUGUGGACUAUCCUGUGAAAACGCUGGUGUUCCAGGCGGGUGCGUGCCUCGAGCAGAUGGCAUCGGCUGCUGCAGCUGCAUGCUGCAAGCUCCAGGAAGGGAAUAUUCCCUUCAACUUGUUUAUUGUGGACAGGGGCACUCGGCUGUUCCUCAUUCCACAGAGGUAUGCUGAGAGGCAGGCAAGGGGUGAGGUUAGCCAAGAGCUUCUUGACACGCAAGUGAACCCUGCAGUGUUUGAAAUUUCUGGUCAUAUUGUGUGCAAGCGCCGGGAGGAUUACGACAAUGCCUCUGAGGAAUGGACCUGGAAGCUUCUGGAAGCAACGUCCCUCACUGAGGAGGGGUUUGAAGUCGUCAGGAAGAUUUCUGUGGAAGCGCUGGCAGCGACUGCUGCUGAGUUUGCUGAGAUUGGGAUGGGUGGUGUGGUUGGGAAGGGAAAGGUGGACGACUGGGGAGUGAGCGUGAAGUCGGACCACUCUCCGCUGACUGACGCUGACUCGAAGGCCAACGCGUUAAUAUGCAGCGAGCUAGCGCGGAUCACGCCGCAUGUGCCGAUCGUCAGUGAAGAGACGAAGCUGGUGCCGUACUCCGUGAGGAAGGAGUACCAGCUGUGGUGGUGUGUGGAUCCGUUAGACGGCACGAAGGAGUUUAUCAAACGGAAUGGACAGUUCACAGUGAACAUUGCUCUGGUGAAAGGCGAUCGUCCCAUUCUAGGGGUGGUCCACACGCCCUGCCUUAAGAAGACGCACUGGGCCGUUGCUGGUAAAGGAGCUUUCCUGCGGGACCAUUCUAGCCAAUCAGAUUCAUCGUCUCUGCCCGAGGAUAAGCCGAUCCGGGCAGCUGAAUAUACAGAUGCCGACCCGGGGCUGGUGAUCAUGGGGUCGCUGUCUCACAGCACACCCGAGACAGAGAAAUUUAUUGGGCAGUUUAAGGACCCGAAAGUGGAGGCUAUGGGCAGCUCGUUGAAAUUUAUGAGGGUUGCAGAGGGGUACCACUCUCCCUUCUCCUCCCCACAUCUUCUCAAUUGA